AUGUCUUCGGCCAGAGAUGAUAAAAGAGUGGAAGCCCUCAAGGCCGAGCGUGAGCAUAUGGCGAGAAUGAUACGUGCGGUGGAUGAACGAUUAGCCCGCGAGGUCGAAUCAAUGUCGCAGAGAUAUCGAGAAAGUGUAAGGGAUGAUUCAGUAGCACGGGGCGAAGGUGUCCGUAGUCCGGAGAGGGUUAGGCCAGUGGCUUCGAUGACAUCUAAGCCUAUAGAUAGCGAGCCACUCAUGCGGCGCCGUCGAAACUCUUCAGAUGACGGAAAGACUCGGACACCCUCAUCCAGCAGGCGAACCACUGCCGGGAACGAUGAGUCCGAGAGUGAACAGGAUGGGAGCGAGUCAAGUCCAAGCUCUCGAGCCCUGGUUAUUUCAGAUAAGAGGAGGAAUGCGAAAAAGAAGAAAGCAAUACAAACCGUUCGUUUUGAGCACUCCAAAAAUGAAAGAAGUUCGCCAGCCUCUCCACCCGACUCGGAAAUAUCAAAAAAACAACAAAGCAAACAUUCCGCUGCCAACAAGGUAUUAAGACACCCUAGACGGAAUGAUAACGUCGAGGCGGAUGAUCCAGCUUCACAAUCAACCCCCCCAUCAGCGCAACCCUCCUCCUCUCAGACCACAUCCAGGAGACCAAGGCAAGACAAUCGGGGGUCAGCAGACGCAGAAGAACCGACGGCAGCGGAGAAUGCUAAAAUCAACACCGUCCAAUUUCGACACCAACUCUACGUCAAAAUGGGUGUCGUCGAUCCAGUAACCAAUAAGACUGAUUCCAAGCUUUUGAGAGCUCGCCGGCAAUGGGUGUUGGAGGAGUGCUUAGGUCGUGGGAUGCGGCUGGACUGCACAUUUAAGUCAUAUCCAUAUGAGACCAAGAUGUACCCUUCUAUCAAGACGAUCCACGCAAUUUCACCCAAGGAAUGGGGAUGGAAUCGGGAGGUGGUAAGAGAUAUAAUCCGUAUAAUGUGUUGGGACCGGGUACGCAAUUUCCGUGCUCGCGAUCGUGCCUUAAAUCCAGAGUCUAUCCCACCGGCGGACCCAAACCGCCCAGUUGAUCGUCGAACACUACGCGGGAAGAAAAGAACGCCAAUGUCCGGAGAUGAUAACACAACUGCAGGAAAAUCGGCUACUGGUGCUCGGGUGAAAAGUCAUCAAUCUACAGUACCUGCGAGAAUUGAAGUCCCAUCACCCGAUGCAUCUUAUCCAUCAGAGCCGGAACUCCCAAUAGAACCAGACACCCCCCAGAAAAGAGCACCAAGUCGUCCCUCCGCAAGAGAUCAGAGAAUGGAGUCCAGGGAUCCGGAUAUUGGUUUGUCAACUGCAAUCUCAAAUGACUUGGAUGACGGCGAAAGACUCAACACGAAGGGCAAGAGCAAUGGUAAGAGUAUUCCUGUGAUAAGGUCAACUCGACAGAAGGCCACUAUAUUACACUCACCUCACGAUACGGCAGUCUCAACAGAGCCACUAGCAGAUCUAUCAAGCCCUCCCAUCCUAAUCAGUCCCAUACUCAAAUACAAGAAGGGAAAGCCAUUACUGCCUAACUUCCCACCAGGUAUUAGCCAGAGAACGUCCUUAGAGACUUCAGCGGGAGAGUCUUCAGGUGAAAAAGAUAUUUUCAAGGUUUUUAUGGGUAAGAAAAUCUUUCGCUUUGCGAACGAUAUUGAUUGGGAAGAAUUCGAGCAUGAAAUACAUAGCCGGGUUACAUUGGAGGCUGGAGAGGCUUUGUUCUAUCGUGCGCGAGGGGGGACGGGUCGAGACAAGGAAUGGAAACCUUUGUCAUACGCGGUAGAGAUGGAAAAUAUGAUUCGGCGGUUUGCACAUUGUGGGGCUGAAGUAUGCGUUAAGGAGUCGCGUGUUUUCAUAGAAGAAGAAGAUGAUGACUCUGAACUGUAUAGUAAACCUGACCUAGUGAAUGGAGGACAGAAAAAGGUACCCGCGGAGAAGGACCGUGACGGAGGGCAAAUUCAGCCGUGCCUAGAUGGAUCAAUGGCAAUGAUGAAUAUAAACGGAUCACAGGUUAAAGUCAACGUUCUGGAUUUAACAACUACCAUGACAAAGGAGACGGAGAAGAACACAGCUGCAGAACUAGCUGCUGGAAAAAAAAAGAUUGCGGAAGAAAAGAAAAAAGUUGCAGAAGAAAAGAAAAAAAAGGCUGCAGAGGAUAAGAAGAGAGUGGCGGAAGAGAAGAACGCAAAGAAAAGAAAGGAGACAGAUGAUAUCGCCGAUAACCAGCCAGUUGCAAAAAAAGGAAGGGGUCGUCCGAGGAAAAACGCUAACUCCAAUAUGACAACAGACAAAUUUAAAAACUCUCAACUAUCCGGGAGCCAGAGCCCAACUAUUGCUAAAUCAACACUUAGCCAUGUCGAAGUGCCAGCUUCACCGGAUAACGUUAACAACAUAGAUCCAAACGAGAAGGAAAAAUCUAUUGACAGUGCUAGUGUUAACUCGGAAGAAGCCAGCAUAACAGAUAGUCAAAUACCUAACAAUUCCCAGCGCAGAUCUGGGCGCAAAAUUACUAAAAGUAUGCGGAUAUUGUAUACAGAAGAAACCCAGAAGAUCGUUGGAGAGGCUAACCAGUUGAAAUCUGCAAAGAAGGAUUGGAAGAACGAAUGGAUUGAGUUUGAACGGGCAAAUCCACCGGCAUACAUGACAUCGAUCAUGGCCACUAAUGGGGAGGGGGCACUGCAUAUGAAUAGGUAA